AUGGAACCCAAACAAGAAGCUACAAACACACAAUCCAAACCCCCAACUUCAACCGUUGACCCUAUAUCAGCGCUCAUUGCAGAUACCUUGAAACAGCAGGCAGCCCAGUUCGAGGCCAUUAUAUCUGGUCUCCGAGACCAAAUGAACCUCAGUGGAACCUCUUCGCGUAGAAAUCCACCACCACGCAGACGUCAUCCGCUCCAGUUGUUUGCGGACAAGCUUCCGUAUGAUUACAAAAGUACUAAGGAAGCCCUUCUUGUCCAUAUUAAGGUGCUUUGGGGAUUGUUCAAAGCAAAUGACGUCCCUGCUCCUGUCAACGCAAAGCAAGUUAAAGCUGUGGUUGAUGACCCUCAUAGUGCCAACACUGUUGCCCAAAACAACAUUCUCACUUUGAAAUCAUUACGCAGUGGCGUUGGUGGAAAGGUAGGAUGUGGAAUGGCAAACCUUGACAAAAUCUACAUUCUUUAUAUCCCCGGUAGCUUAGCAAAAGUUGGUCUCCGUGUCUGGGGUCCAGAUCUAGACGCUGCGGCCAACUCUAGCUGUCGGAUCACCGCGCUCAACACCUUCCACUACAUGAACAUCAAUCCAAACCACGUGAAUUCAAUGGCUGAACACAUCCAAGCGUAUAAUCACUAUGUACAUUACUGGAUGGAGAGCAAGUAUAAGUUGGAAAUCAGAAUGCCUGGUCGCGCUGGAAGUGAAAGUUCUAAGAAGGUUAUACAAAAACUUCGCAAAAGACUCAAAAAUGCACGUGUUGGUUUUCUUAAAGAUCAUUGCGCCAAGUAUCCUCCGCGUUACAUACUACUUUGUGACAACGUCCUUGCUCAUAGCGACAAUGAAGAAGAGCCUGGCAAGAACUACCUUCCAAUCAAAACACUGGGAUAUCAAUCUAAAAACGACUCAAAGUUCAUGAGAAGGUUGGAUAUUGAAAUUGCGAAAGCGGCGCAGACUUCAAAGAAGGUUAUCCCCAGAAUUGAGCGGAGAUUGCCAAAAGAGCCGAUACCAACAGCUUUUCCCCGUGCCCCAAAAGAGUUACCAAUUGACUUUUACAAACCCAGCUGGUUUAACAAGCUCUCCUCUGGUCAAAAAGGACUCAUUCCAGAUGCUACUCAAGUUGCCUUGCUACCCGACACAUCUCAAUCAUUAUUCCCGUUUCCUCAAACACACCCGGACAAAUCAUUAUCUGAAAAAGUCUUCAACACAAAAUAUCUCAACAUCUACUUACAAUCUUAUGAAAUGGCGGAUCAAGAAGAUGAAUGUCAGGACAGCAGUACUGCAGAAUCGGGAAAUGAUGAAGCCAACAAAAAGAUGAAUGUGGAUGAAGAAUCGGACUCUGAUGUCUAUGAUGAGGGAGAUUUUGGUGAUCUUUAUGAUGAUUCUGAUGAUGAAGUGGUUCAAGGGAAAGGGAAGGACAAAGCCUGA